AUGAUAAGAACCAACGUUUUACGUGAGGCAGUGGAAAAACUCGCUGACUUGCCUUGUGGCCAUGAAGAAGACUUUGUAAAUCCUGUUGACGACGAUUUGCAAUGUUCAAUUUGCCAACUAACGUUGCGAAAUCCGGUUCUUACUAGAUGUGGUCACAGAUUUUGCAGAGGGUGCCUAGAGCAGCAUAUGUCAAAUAGGUAAAUGUAUUUGAUGAACUGAAUGCAAAAAGUUGUAUAUUAUAGGUCCGUGUCUUAGAAAUAAGGAAAAUAUAAGCUUUGAUUUGUCUUUUAUUAGACAAUGGUAGUCUUUACACGAGAGCCUAAAUAAGCUAAGAAAUAUUUCAAGAUAAGUAAAUGUUAAUUACUUCAAGUAAACUAAAGCUUCACACACAACCGAUUCUUUUUUACUUCAGGUUAACAGAAGGCUAUUUUCCCACGCAAUAUAAUUAAGAUUGAUUGACAUGUUUCGCCUUUCUCAAAGCUCAAGAAACCGCAAGUAACCGCAAGUCAGCUAAGUCGGUUUUAAGGAUGAUUUUCAAGGCGCUUGAAACUUUCUUGAGUCGUUUCAACUUUCCGACUUUAAUGAGAUGCAAAGUAAAGUUACUUGAGAUUUUACUUAGGCCUUCACACACGAAGUUUUGGUUAAGUAAAAUAAGUCUUACCUAACAGCCUAGUGUAAAGACAACCAAUAUAAUUUACUGAUCUUCACCGAAACAGGAAGCUGAGCCAGAUUCCGUAUAUAUUCAUUAUUUACAAUUACUGAGACAAUAACCAGUUUAACGGUGCUGCUUUGUUAGGAAUGCCACUUUAUCAACACAUUUAAGCUAACAGAACUUCUCUAAGGGAAUUAAAAAAAGAAAAUAACAAACUGCUUAAGAUGGAAACAUUCGUAAUUAACACGCGGCUUUGACGGUGGUUAGACCGGUCACUAGAAAUAGCAAACUCGUUUAAAUCAUUCAUCUGCUCCAGGAAUGUUCCAAUAUUUAAACGGAAAAGAGAGAUUUUGAGCACUUUUCACAUAACAUAAUAAAUUAUUUCCGAGCUAUCUUUUGAGCGGAAGCGAAGCUUGGUUUAACCUUGUUUGGACCAGUACAAACCUUCAUUUUGAACAUAUAUUAAAAAAAUGAUUUACAUACAUGUUUGCUCUUCGCUUAACUUGUAGUCACAAAUGUUAAUUGGUUGGAGCUACAGCCAACUCUGUCCUUGCAGACAUGUCUCUGGUAUGGACACCUCAAUAAUAAGAAUACAUCCAGUUUCAAUGAAUUGAAUCGGAGAAAUCUCCCUCUGCGUGUCUGAGGAAGUUUGAAAACAAACAUAUUUCAAUUAACCCGAACUAAAAUCUUUAUUUUUAAAGUGAUUUAAAAUCGAUAAAUUCACAAUUGAUACUGGGAAACACGCAAGCACAAGUACCAGUUCUUGUUGCAAAUGUCCGAGUUGGCCGCGAUCGUCGUCAGUUAAUUACUUUCAGAGCUGGACCCCUACUCCCCUUUUCUUUGUAAUAAUAAACUUUUCACCGACACUGACGACGAAAGAGCACUCGUUUUAGCCUUUAACCAUCGCUUCCAGAAUUGUUAAUUUUACGUCUCCUGCCCUCAUGUUUGUUUUAAUGUUCGAUCGGCAAAGGUUUUGAAUGAGUUCGAUUAAGUUCGAUUACCGAACCAAAUCGAAGUCAAACGAACGAUUGGAGUUCGAUUGGGUUCGAUUACCGAACGUUUGAUUGGUUACGCCGGACAUAAUCAAAGGCCACGCUAUUGGUCAGGUUAUUUUUCCCAACCAAUACUGCGGUACGUUCAGUUGAAAUCAAACGGUCCGGCUCAGUAAUUAUUCUCUUAUCUCGGCUACAUAAGGAGAAAAAUGGCGAAACUAACUGUUUUUAAUUCCACUCGGUACAGAAUCCACAUCAUGGAAUUAGUUUCAAAGCUUCAUAUCGACCUGUAAAAAGUUUAACUCAUGACACAAGAGGCGACCGAUUGGCAUGUAUCGCGUUAUUUUAAUACUGACAUAACAACCUUACGUGGUUUUAGAGUAAUUCAGCUGGUAAAGAAAGUAGUAAUCUGUCGCAAAAUUUGAUUUUAUCCAAAUUCGCAGCCUAGACCCUAGGCGUUCUCUCUUGACCCAUUGUCCGCGCGAAGUCUGGGAAAGAGCAGGCGAGAGAACGUGGCGUCUCGGCGAGUCUCUCUCGUUGACGUCACAACUCACGAUAAAGUCCAGAUUAACCAAGCCGAGAACACCUAGGCAGGAGGCUACUGAAUCGAUUUUUCUUUAUUCUGAUUUGUGAAUCUUGUACCAUUGGCCGCCUCUUACCCUCUCUCUGAAAAGCUGUAAAAAUUUCCCAACAGUGUUACACUCCGUGGAGCUGUUUGAAGCACUUUUAGCGAUUUAAGUUUCCCUUAUCCAGAAUUAAAGAUGUCAAGACAACAUAUAUUGGUCACUUUUAUUUUAUUAGGCAAGAAUGUCAACAAAGUGUUUGUAACUGCCCUGUUGAUAGAGAGGAACUCGAUUGUGAUAAGGUAAAUUAGUACACCAAUGGUUUUCAGUUAUACAUAUUGCCAUUUUUUUAAUUUAAUUUUUAUCCUCCUGUGUUUUUCUGCAAAUCCAAUACUUUUGCAAGGGAAAAAACACUUCAACUUGAUUUUUGUUUCAACCGUUCUAACAGAGCACUAGAAAUUAAAGUCAAUCAGUCAAUUGUAAGAACUGUGUCGACCGCUGCAGAACAAUUAAAAAGAAGGGCAUGUUUAUUUGAGGGAAUCCAAGACUGGAUUGUUUAUGUCAAAACUUGGCUUCGUUACCUCGAACAAAACGAAAAAUCCGAAAAUGGACUCUUGACAGCGUGACAAUAUUAGACUCUAGGUUCGCUUGUUCAGGUCUGUUCAUCUACAAUGUAAUUUGACGCACAGAUAAUCGUCGUAAACGCCAUUGAGUAAACAGAGUUUCAAGUAUCUUCUGAUACCCAAGGUUAUUUUUCAGCCAUUUACUUGACGUUUACAUCGAUUUCAAGCAACCUAGUCUUCUAUGACCUGUAGUUGAUACAAUUGUUUUCCAAUUCAAAAGCAAAGACUGUUGGUUGACCUUUUACUGCCUUGACAGCGGUGAGAAGUUCCUCAAAGAAUAAACCUUACAUAUCAAUGCCACUAUGCAAUAUUUCCACUGCUUUCAUUACACAGGAUAUUUUCCCCGACAGAGCCACUGAAAGGAAGAUCCUCUCCCUUUGUAUAAAAUGCUCAAGUACUGGAUGUGAAUGGACUGGAGAACUGAGGGAAAAAGAGGUGAUAUUCAACUACAGCUAGCUUCUCACUUACUCUUUCAUCACUUUCACAAACACCAACGCUACCACUUUCCUGUUGCUCUACCUCAAUUAUUAAAUUCGCUUGUUUCUCCAUAACCAACAUCAGUGUAUUGACUUUCUUCACCAUCACCUUUCUAUUCUUGGACCUUCACCAAAAUUUAGGCUUGUGUGUUAUAUUUUCAAAUACACACCAUGUAAUGUUUCCAAGGGUAUUUGGCUUUUGUCAUUUCAUUAGUUAUGCAUACAUAUGCAUGUGUUUAGGACAACUUGUGAAAGAAACACUGAGUUCUUAGGGGUAACAUCACAUAUUAUGUGGUAGGAAAACAAAAUUGGAUACAAGCUAAAAAGGACUAUUGACCCCAAAAUGGCCUAGCAAGUUAGCGAGAUUGCACCUAUGAUUACUGCUACUGUCAAACGAAUAUCUAUGUUUGGUUUUUAUCAGGAUCACCUAUUAUCUUGCUCUUUCAAACUUAUAUCUUGCCCAAAUGUGAACUGUGCUGUAAAAACAACCAGACAAAAAAUGGAUGAACACGUGGCCACCGUGUGUGAGUGGAGGAUGGUAACCUGUGAUCACUGUAGUGAGCCACAUCCGAAGUGUUUGCUCCAAGUACGUUUUAAUGAUAAAGAGUUUACACAAAUGCAUGGUAUUAAGAAGUAUACAGAUAUAAAAAUAUUCGUAAUAAACAUGGCCAUCCCAUGGACAUAAAGCUACAAUAUACAUUAUUAAUAGCUCCUUUUUUCUGUAUAAUCGUGGUACACAUGGUCUGUUAGCAUGGGCAGGUCUUUAUGAUAGUUGAGAAGGGCGUAGUCAGCUAUCCCUGAAAGGGCGAGAGAGGGGAGUGAGGACUAAGUGGAAAGACAAAUUAACGCUGACCUAUAAACAAUUAAAGCACGGUUCCUUUUUGCUUAAAAAAAGGCUGCGUUAUUGUCAUAUUCAGCAUCUUGGUAGAAUAUCUGACCAUAAUAAGUGUUUUUCAAUUCUUUGGCUACUUGAAAUAUUUCAAAAUGGUAAUUAAUAGACCUUUUUAGCUUGUUUGUUUUGUUUUCCCAAUUCAGACCACAUGUUCUCCAAGGAGUUUGCCUUCACACAUAUUCACGUGGAUGCACAUGCAUAAGACGAGAUUUGAAAGAAUCAGUUCUCUGGAGUACCAUUACGUGGUCUAAAAAUGGGAAAACAAAAAAAUACAAGCUAGAAAGGCCUAUUCUAUGAAGUUUGUCCCCAGCGAAAAACAAAAACAAAAAAUAAAAAACGGUUCACUGUAUGUUAUUUAAGAACUGAGACCCUCGUAAUCACGAGAUUGUCAAUUGAUUCUAGCAGCUAAUCAAAGUAAAAAAGGGGACCCCUUAACAAUAAUGUAUCUAUACUUGAAGACCAAGCAGAUACGUUUAUGUAGAAUUAGUGCCAGCACCCAAUCGACAUGCACAUGACCGCGAUAGAUAUUGGUGUUUUAGAUGCAUUUUCACGCCCUGUUAAAGAGCGAUUACUUGAGUUUAUUUUAACCCACAUUUUUUUCAAUUUGCUGAAAGGCAGCAACGCCCCCUGUUGGUGCCAGUAUGGGAGUCCUGCUAUUAGGUAUUGGAAUUCAGCGGUAGUCAAAUUCGUGAGAUAUAUUUAAAAAAUGGUUUGUAUCCGUAGGAACAUGCUGAUAAUUGCAAGAGGAAACCUGAAGAAUGCCUAAACGGUUGUGGUGAAUUGCUUGCUAGGGAGGAGGUAUCGUGGGUUUGCACAGUUUUCAAUGCUCACAAUCAUCGUUCAUACCGUCUUGUUCCAAAAUAUUGGCGAACUUGGGGCGUGUUCGUUUUACUGUAUUCCGGAAUAAGAAUUAAUGAAAUUUACUCAAGAAAACACUUAUUUUGUCAUUCAUUGUAUUUCAACAUUUAGAUGUCUGCUCCAAAUAAAUAAUUCCUUUGCAUGGUCCAAAAAUCCAGGUGAACGAGAUUUGUAACAAAACUUUUGCGUAUUCUAUUCUGGAAUAUUAACGGUCGAACGUACCCUUUUAAGUUCGUUAGUUAUCCAAUUAUCUACAUGGUAAUUUGCCCUCAAGCGUUGACUUGUUUCAAGGUAAAGGGUCUUUUGAUUUCUGCAGAUGCAAUUGAGGCAAAUUUGAUCCAUAUACACCGCACGUAUAAAAUACAAAAGAAAAGUAAUAUUGCCGCCAUUUUUUUCGAAGAGAAAACCACUCGGCUUCAUAUAUUACUGCUAGAAGAUCGUUAUCUUUGUUGUAGGGAUGCUUACGGCAGUCACUAAAUAAGCAGCAUAUUGUCAUAGUAUCAAAUGCCUCUAAAGAACAUGCAGUGUACUUUGUGGGAUUUUUUUUUCCUCUUCAAUAUUUUCAUAUCAAGAGAUAUCUGCGAUCCACCCUCUUUACAAGAACUCCAGCUUCAUUUUCAUAGCGGCGAAUAUACCUCUUUAGUAUAUACUAAAACAGUGGAUAGUGUUUUUCGCGCGCUCUGAUUGGCUACUCAAUCAGUGGAUAUCCUGCACUAUUCACUGAUUCACCUUCAGUUCCUCCGAGCGAGCGAUGACAAAAUGGCGUAGGUUGGGAGCAAAAUGCUUUCCCGGUUUGCUGCCGUAACAAACUAAGAAAUUUCACAACUAAUCAAGCACGCUAUUUCCGAAAUACAUGAAGAAGGUGACGAAGUUCGGUUUGGAAGUUUUAACAGGUAAAGCUCUGUCUUUUUGACUUGAAUAGUUAUCGAUAAAACCGGUGAAAAAGUUUUUUGUUUACAAGUGCAAAUUAAGCUUAAGUCUUGCGUUACUUUAUUUAGUUGACUUGUUCGCAAAUAAGCUUAACACUAAAUUUAAUAAUCUUUUUUACAGAAUUAUUUUAAACACAAACAGAAUUCACAACUCCUUUAAUUUUGAAGAAACUUCCCCGCAAGAGCUAAACAAACGCCUUCAAAAGUUUUAUUUGUCGCUAAGAAAAAGCGACGACCGCGGCCGUUCGGUCAUCGCGCGCCAAAAUUGUAAUUGUUGGCAAAAGUAAAUGAGUUAAAAAUCAUCAUUUUGUGCUCAAUUAUCUCACUGUUUUAGUAUAUACUAAAACAAUUAUUCACCUCAGUGUCGGUGGUUAGUAUUGGAUAUUUACCUCGCCGCUUCGGGGCCUCGGUAAAUAACCAAUACUAGCCACCUCCACUUCGGUGAAUAAUUGUAAACUAAGUGAUUUAAGUCGUUUUCCCUAUUAUUUUGAUAUUCUGUAUGUAUUGAAGGUACUAAGAACAGCCUAUUGGCCAUUGCCGUUUUAGAUAGCAGCUCAUAUUGACAACAAAUGUCCGCUGACAUUGAUCUCCUGUCCAUAUUCUCAGAUAGGAUGCGACGCAAAGGUAAACUGUCAGUACUGUGUGUAAGUCAGUGCCCAGUUUCAAACUAGAGUAAUCAGAUGUACAACGCUCCCUUUUCAUUGAAAGCGAUUUCUUAAGAUAGCGGACUUGGGGAAUCUAACAUGCAGCCGUGAGAAAAUCGCUUAUAAAUUCACUUAACUCGAUUUAGGGGUGGUGUCAGAAAUACUUCGUGCUGCUUGAAAAUCAAACGUUGUUGUUUCCAGGUAUUUUUCAUCGAUGUAAGUCCAUUAAAAGUGGCGUGGUUUUUCGUAAUGUUCUGAAUGUUAAAAUUCUAGCAUGUGAAAACGGUUAAAAAUAAUCUUUGGCGAAGAACAGACAGACAAGAAUUUGACUGGAACUUAAACAAUUGAGAGCUCAAGCAUGUUAACGCAUAACGCAAAGCCUAAUUUUCAUAAAACUGAUAGAAGCUGCAAAUAGUCAUAACUUUAAGAGAAUUUACGUAAACAAGAUGAAUCAUGGUAACAACAUAAAACUUGAAAUCUUUGAGACAAAUUGCUCAAAACUAUUCGUUAGAAGGCAUAAAAAAUCACAAAUCAAUAUUCACACGCAAAGAUAAUAACUGGAAGUUAUAUUUUUUCUGAUGCAGAUUCAGCGAAAAGAAGUGGAAGAUCACCUUCAGACAUCAACGACACUUCACAGCGAAUUAACACUUAAAAAUCUAAAAGCAGCAACAGAAAAACUCGACUCUCUUCAGAAGCAAGUACAAGAACUGACAGUUACCAAUUCUACUCUCAGGAUGAAAGUGGAUGAACAAAGCAAGACAAUUGCGAGAUUGAAUGAAGAAUCCUCGUCCUUCGUAUGGAAGGUGACUGAAUUUUGGAAGAUCUUGAGACAAGCAAAGAGUGAACGUAAUAAAAGGAUAAAGAGUGAGCCUUUCUAUGCAGGAAGACGAGGGUAUAAGCUAAGACUUUGUAUUGAGCCAGAUGGUAAUCAGUCAAAGAGAAACAGGUAUCUUUCAGUAUACAUUCUUCUUAUGAAAGGCGGUUUUGACGGUAUGCUGCCUUGGCCUUUUCGUCAAAAAGUCACAUUUACGUUAAUAGAUCAAAAAGAUCAACUUUCUAGUAGGUUUAACGUUGUGGGGUCUUUAUAUGUCACUUUUUCAACUGGCAGGCCCUUAGCAGAAGAAGUCGACGAAUCACACGGGAUAGCAAGAUUUAUUUCGCACAGUAAUUUAAGUUUGUUUCGUUACGUUGUUGAUGACACCUUGUUUAUUCAAGUUAAAAUUGAUCCCAUUGAUUCUUAA